UGUGCAACACUGUAAGCUGCUGCUGCCGACGCCGCCGACGCUGCCGCUACCGUAACCACGGACAUACAUGUAAACAGUUAACACUACUACUGCAGUAUCAGCUAGAGAACCUAGAUAAUAUUAUAUAAAGGCUUUCUAGUAUCAGCUAUAGCCGUGCUCGUCAUCAACAGGUAAUUUAAAAGUCGUGGCCACACAGAUAUCAUAAGAUAAUAAAUAUUAUUAUUUAUUAAAUAAUACAAUAUUGUAAUUUGUCUUAUCGACUCGUGAACUAAGAUUUGACAUUAUUUGAAAUUUUGAUCUCGUCUAUGCCCUGUCUUGUGGUCGUCUGCAACCUGCAAUAAUAGUAAUAAAAUAGUUUGUGUUCAAACCAUUCACUGAAACGUGAUUUGGAGUUAGUCGAUCGAGCCGUGCUAGUCGUAUUAUAUUGGUUUAGACGAUUUACAAACAUUUCGUUACUACCAAGAUCAUGAGCAUAAAUGCCGAAACUAGAUUUUAUCUCACCAAGGGCAUCAUGACAUUGGAGGAAUCCAAAAAGUUAGACAACGACCGUGAGUUCUUAGACUAUUCACUCUUGAUUGGCGAUUCGACCGAAGAUCAGCUUUACAAACAAAUCGAAGUCGAAAUAGACAUAUUUCAUAAAUGUCUUGCGAUAAUAAAGAAAGAAAACCAGAACGAUAAACAUACAAAAUUAUUGCUCUUGAUGUUGUUUGAUCGCAUUAACAAUAUGUUUGCCUAUAUGUUUUACCUGUUCCCCAUCAAUGUUGAGCGUGCCAUGAAGUACGUACAAUUUUGCUUAAAUCAUCUUUCACUCAUAUUUCCACACAGAUCUUGAUGAUAAACUAUAAGUUCAGAAUAAACAAUUUUUUUAAUUAUUCAAUGCACUGGUUAAAUAAGCAUUAAUAUCUCAAUCACCGUUUACUAUUGUAAGACUCAAUCCCAUUUACCAUUGUGUACUAUUAUAAUUAUAAAUAUAAGUUUUGUAAUCGACUACAUAAUGAAAUAAAUAUAAAAAUCUGUAAAAUGUAUUAACAUAUUCACAAAAUUCCCCACGAGCAUGUAUUAAAUAAUUUUGCACUUGAGUCGCAGUUUUUAAACUGUCGGAUUGAGUUCCACUACUUAAUAAUUCCAAAUUCGAGCACUGAUUAAUAGAUAAUUUUUUUGAAAAUGAUAUAUCAAAUUAUUGUUGUUUAUUAUUUGUCUUUGAAGUUUGUAUAAGUUCUAAUUGUAAUUAAGCUCCUAUUAUAUUUAUGUUAUAUCAUUCAACUGUUAUGUUAACUACGUAUAAAAAUCAAUGCGAAUAAUUAUGUUAUAGGAGAGUGUUGUACCCUGGGACUAUUUUUAUUAAAUAUCCUCUAACAGCUUUAAUUGUCAAUAUUUCACAUUAAUGCAUAUUAAAAAUAUUGUAGAUAUUAUAAUAAAUCUACACCUACAUGAGUUUUUUUUAGAAUUCCUGAUUCAACUGCCUUCUGAAAUAAUUUUAAUUCUUAACACAAUGGUCCUUGGAAUUUACCUCAGAAUUUACAUUGAAAUAUAGGUUUUAACCAAUUAUUAAGGAAGAAAUACACGAGGCCCAAGGUACAACUCUCUCCCCUACAAUUAAAAUUAAUACAUAAUCAUUUUAAUGCAAUUUACAUAUUAUUUAUUUAUUUAAAUUUAUAGUAAUUAAUUUUCAAAUAAAUAAUAUUUUUAAUUAAGUGUAUCAUUACAAUUAACAUACCUAUGUUCCUAUUUGGUAAGAAAAUUGUCAAUUAUUUGCAGAGUACCGUAUUUCUGUAAUAUGUAAAAAAAAAUCAAGUAUAAUUAUUAUUACACAAAUUGUUAAUAGGAGCA